UCGGAAAAUUAAAAAAAAAUCGAAAUUGCAUAAAAGGAUUGAUCGCGCAAUUUGACGCAGCUUUUUUCCUUGUUUAAUCCAAAACUCCCAAUUUUUUUUUUAUCGCUCAAGAGAAAUUAGAAUAAGUUCAUCAUGGCUGGCACUGUUUACAUCGUCAUUUACACAAUGUACCACCACAUCUACAAGUUGGCUUUGGAGGUGCAGAAAGGCUUGGAAUCCGCUGGUGUCAAGACCACCAUCUUCCAAGUUCAAGAAACAUUAUCGGAUGAAGUCUUGCAAAAAAUGCACGUACCUGAGAAGCCAAACUUGCCAGUGAUCAAGACUGAGCAAUUGACCGAACCCGACGGAAUCAUCUUUGGUAUUCCUACCAGAUUCGGCACCAUGCCUGCUCAGAUCAAAGCUUUGUUGGAUGCUACCGGUAAGAUCUGGGCUACCGGUGGUCUUGCCGGUCGCUUUGCUGGCACCUUCUUCUGUACUGCUUCGCAGCAUGGUGGUCAGGAAACAACCGCGCUCACUACCGUGACCUAUUUUGCUCAUCACGGUAUGAUUUACGUGCCAUUUGGUUUCGCCAAUGCACACUUGUUCGAUAACAGCGAAGUUAUUGGUGGUUCCGCAUACGGUUGUGGUACUGUUGCCAACGGUGACGGAUCACGUCAACCGACUCAAAAGGAACUCGAAAUCGCUGUCAACCAAGGCGAAAAUUUCGGCAAGAUCGUUAGCACCUACGUUCAAGGCAAGAAUGCCGCUCAAUAGACAUACUUUCUGUCACUGUCAAAUAAAAAUAAAAAGUAAUGGUGUUAUUAUUGCAAGCAUCUCUUAAUGUCAACUAGAAAAAUAGAGGAUCAGAUAAUGACAGCUGUCAACUGAUCAAAUAGUCCAGAUUAAAAUAGAAUAACG